CUAACCCACGCUAUUAGUAAUGACUACCGGCCUUCCUGCAAUUACAACCACCACGGGUGGCUUGCCCAAGUUGGUUACCACGGGUGCGUGGACGACGCCGCUGGUGUCUGUGCCGCCUUCGCAGAACAACCCGUAUAUCUACCACACUAACCGAGUCAACGGAACCGUGUUUAUUGCGUUUGGCUCCAUUGUGGGGGUCAUCAUUUUGGCUUUUAUUGGCUUUCACGUGGUCAGGAGCUUGUUGGCGUCCAGCACGGCCAAGAAAAACAAGGUCAAGGAGAAGGCGUUCUACGACUCCUACAACGCGAAUACCAAGGGCCGCAGCGGCACCGAGUACCAACCGUUGGGCGGCAGUAUCAGUCCGAUGGGCGGAAAGUAUGGUAAUACCUACGUUGACGCGUCGGUCGGUGACUACUCGUCGCUCUACAACGGCUCCCAGGUGGACAACAGAUCGUUCAGCGUGAACUCCCCAGCCAUGAAGGCGGACGUCACCAAGAUGUUUGUGUCCCCGACUGCAGACAUCAUGAACCACAAGCGCGGUUUGAGACCAAACCCGCUCGGCUCUAACGUUUCACUCACGGGUGGCUAUCCCGGUCAGAGAUCCUCCUACAUCCCGAGCAUCUACAUGAACGAGGAAUUGUCCGAGUCGCAACCUAGCAUUGCACCAAUGUCGUCCGUCUCGCAAAACAUCAACAACACCUUCGGCACUGGCAGAACACCGACUACCCCGAGAAAGGCCGUCCCAUCGAUGUACUUGGAUGACCUUUUGGAGAAAUAAACAGGUCUGUUGGUAAAAAUAGAGCUAAGAAUGAAGAAAGAUCUAUUGGAAAAUACUCGGGGUAAUGUAAAAACUGAAUACGUAUAAAGGCCAUUUGAGAGCCAAAAAUAGUGGAGGGGCGUUUUGACUUAUAGCCAUCUUAGACAACAAAAAUAUUUGAUAUACUGAAAGGGAUAUGAGGUUGUACAAGCCGGAUGGGAGGCUCACAGUGAACUUCUCUAUAACCAUCCGAAUCAGUUUGGGUGUGUGAUGGGCGAUCCAAAACACUAACGGCCAACACAUCGGUUAAACAUAAAGUUGUGACCUUAAUACCCAGGAACUGGUUGGGUAGUAAACGAGGUACCUCGGGGUUUCAACCCUCCCGUAAACCUGUUCACGGACAUGAAUACACGAUGGAAUAAUGUGCAA